AUGAAGCAUUCAUUCUCUUCACUGACCGCGUUGGUCUUAACAUUAUCCACAUCAGUUGCUGCCUCUCCAACGCCUCAACUGGUACCUGGUAUCGUCGAUACUACCACUUGCCUUGCUGUAAAUGUCAUCGCCGAACUUCUUCUUGGAGACCCCUUGGCUAUUGCCUUUUGCGCUGCCGUAGUUCCCCUUCCCUCAGUCAUCAGGUCAAAAACCACUACCGUCGUGCGGCCAACUACCGUGACUGUGACGACGACCAUCCCCAACGCAGUCCGUCCUACCAUUACAAGCCACACCACUGUGACUACCACCAUCAGCUCUUGCACAGCCAGUGCCACGCCAUUCAAGCGACACUUUGCACCCGGCGAUGGAUACAUUCCGCCAAUCCCAGACUGCGUCACCCAAUACCCGACUCCAGACAUCACCGAGGCGUGUAGCUGCAUCAGCCUACCAACUCCUACAUUCACAUCCACCAGGACAGUCACCAUUUCUCCCACAAUCACUAUAACCAAGACUACUGGUGGCCGUGUCGGAGGUGUCCCAGUUGUAACGACGUCCACAGCUACGCGGACCAUUACAACAAGAGCUUGUCCCGCACCCUCUCCUUGCGGAAACCAGGGCAUCGAAUUCGCCUACUAUGAAAGAACCGCCGGUGGUGAAUUUGCAGACUUCCAUCCCGAAGAAUAUAAGACAAUCCAGCCCGAUUACCAAAACGUCACCAACGUCAUCGGCGGCAUCAGCUUCCAAGACAGCGCCCCAAAGAGCAUCUACGGCUCUCCUCCGCUCCCCGAGUCUGACUUUGUCCUUAACCACCGCGGCUACAUUUACGCUCGCGAGACAGGCACCUACACAUUUACCCUUAACCUGGUUGACGAUGCCGCUUUCAUUUGGGUCGGCGCCGCGGCCUACUCUGGCUGGACUGCCGCAAAUGCGGAUGCAAAGGCCGUCUAUGAUAACGGACCUGCAACGGGCACUUACACGGUCAACCUUCAAGAAGGCCAGUACUAUCCCUUCCGUAUUUUUUACGGCCAGGGACCUCGUAUUGCCGAGUUCGACAUCACAGUCAGCGCACCAGAUGGCACCACUUUCCUGUCGUCUUCCACAUCUGGGUCGCCGUAUCUCGUCCGGUUCUCUUGUGACCGAUCUACCGCACCUCGAUUCAGUGCCUUUGGAUUUGAGUUUUAG